GCACGAUAAAAAACGAAACUAAAACCGCUUUUCUGUGUUACAAAAUGGCGGUCGUAAGGAAGAAGGACGGAGGACCGAAUGUUAAAUAUUUCGAGUCUGUCGAAACUGUUUCUCAAUUUGACGGUAUAAGGCAGUGGUUACAGAAAAACUGCAAAAAAUAUACUCAAGCAGAACCUCCAACUAAUAAAGGUCUUGCAAGUUUGGUAAUUCAGUUAAUUCAGUUUCAAGAAGAUGCUUUUGGAAAAAAUGUCAGCAAACCACCGUUAACAAGAUUACCGAUGAAAUGUUUUUUGGAUUUUAGACCAGGAGGUUCUCUCUGUCAUAUUCUUGCUGCAGUUUAUAAAUUUAAAGGAGAACAAGGAUGGAGGCGCUUCGACUUUCAGUCCCCAUCAAGAAUGGAUCGUAAUGUUGAAAUGUUUAUGACUAUAGAAAAGACUUUAGUUCAGAAUAAAUGUUUGUCUCUACCAUGCAUUUAUAUAAUGCCAGAAAUAGAUAAACAACUUGUUCCGAGAUUAAAAGAUAUAAUAAAACGUCAUCAAGGCACAAUUUCUGAAACAUUAGAUGAAGCUUCUCACAUUGUAUAUCCAUUAGUUCCAAAGAUAGAAGGAUCAGAUGAAUGGGUUAGAGUAGUAAUGAAAAGAGAUAAAAAUGUAAUGUUACAUUGGUGGUUUUAUCCAGAUAGUUAUGAUACUUGGGUUCCUGGAUUAGAAAUAGAUCAAGAUCCUGAUUCACCACAACCUGUUACAGGUCCUUUUGAAGUAAGUGUUUUAUUAUUAUUAGCAGGUGAUGCUUUAACUGCCUUGACCAUCCAACCAGUACCACCAUUCAUUUGUAAUGCAGUUGCACUGUUUGUAUUUAUGAAGGGAAGAAGACGGUCAAGAUCAAGAUAUACAUUAGAAGAGUUGCUUUGUGGUGAUAGUGACAGAAGAGACAAGAAAGGUGCAAAGAAACGGAAAAGAUCACCAUCCCCUCCCGUGGACAAAAGAAAACGAAAAGGAGGUGGUCGAAGCCCUGCCAUUGGUAAUAAGAAGAAAUCUUUACGUGGUGAUGAUGAAGGUGAUGAUUUGACAAAGGAUAUGGAAGAACCUUCACCAGAACCAAAUAUGCAAGAAGUACAUCUUCCCAGAAAUUUAAAUAAUCCUCGAAGUACUAAAGACAAUGAAUUACAGCCUAUUAAAGGGGGAACAUUUGUUGAUCUUGAUGGAAAUGAUAUGGAUGAAAAGAUGGAAAAAGAUGAUAUUAAAGGUAGAUCUUCCCGUCCUUCUUCACCUAUUGGACAAAAUCGUAAUGAAAAAAAUGAUGAUAAUCAAGAUGAUAAUGUUACUGAACAGGCUAACCAUAUUAUUAUUCCAAGUUAUGCUGCAUGGUUUGAUUAUAAUAGUAUUCAUGCUAUUGAAAGAAGAGGGUUACCAGAAUUUUUUAAUGCUAAAAAUAAAUCUAAGACUCCUGAAGUGUAUAUUGCAUAUAGGAAUUUCAUGAUUGAUACUUAUCGUCUAAAUCCCACUGAAUAUUUGACUGUUACAGCUUGCAGAAGAAAUUUAGCAGGAGAUGUUUGUGCUAUUAUGAGGGUUCAUGCUUUUCUGGAACAAUGGGGCUUGGUGAAUUAUCAAGUUGAUGCUGAUAGUCGACCUACUCCAAUGGGACCACCAUCCACUUCACAUUUUCAUGUUUUAGUUGACACACCUUCAGGACUUCAACCACUUAAUCCUCCACGUAUUCAACAACCUUCAGCUGCUCAACAAAUGCUGAAUUUAGAUAAGACUAAAGAAUGUGUUGAAAAUAAGCCUGAUGAUCCAGCUUCAAAAGCUCAGUUAGGUGAUAAUUUUGGUUUACGAAUGGAUCAAUAUGCAAAGAAGAAUGCAUAUAUGAAAAACAAAGCAGCAGCAACUGUUUCAAGAGAAUGGACAGAACAAGAAACAUUAUUAUUACUUGAAGCUCUAGAAAUGUUUAAAGACGAUUGGAAUAAAGUAUGUGAGCAUGUUGGUAGUCGAACACAAGAUGAAUGUAUUCUCCAUUUUCUAAGAUUACCAAUAGAAGAUCCUUAUUUAGAUGAUCCAUGUGCAGGAGGAGGUGCUUUGGGACCUUUAGCAUAUCAACCAAUUCCAUUUUCAAAAUCUGGAAAUCCAAUCAUGUCAACUGUAGCAUUUUUAGCAUCAGUGGUAGACCCAAGAGUUGCAGCAGCUGCAGCAAAAGCUGCAAUGGGUGAGAUUGCAGGAACCGUUGAAAAAGAAGAAGUUGAAGAAGGAAGAGAGAAAAUAGAAAAAGAUACAAAAGAUCCCUCGCUGGUUAAUUCAGCUCAACAACAUUUAGAAGUCAAGGUUGAGAAGAAUGUACAGAACGAAAGAUCUGAAUCAAUGGAAAUUGAACAAAAUCAAGUCAGUAAGCAAGAAGAAAAGGAUAUGGAACUAGAUAACAGAACAGAAGAAAGAACACAGCCACAGCUAAAAACAGAACAGUGUGAAACAUUUGAAGAAGGUGAAAAAGAAGAAAUGGAAGAACAACAAGAAGCAACACCAAAACCUGAAACUGAUCAUGAUAGAUUAAUUAAAGAUGCUCAAUUGUCAACUGCUGCAGCUGCAGCCUUAGGAGCUGCUGCAGUUAAAGCAAAACAUCUUGCUGCUGUGGAAGAAAGAAAAAUAAAAUCACUAGUUGCCCUACUAGUAGAAACACAAAUGAAAAAGUUGGAAAUUAAAUUAAGGCACUUUGAAGAAUUAGAAGCAAUUAUGGAUCGUGAACGUGAAACACUGGAAUACCAGAGACAGCAGUUGAUUCAGGAACGUCAACAGUUUCAUAUGGAACAGCUGAGGGCAGCUGAAUUCCGAGCUCGUCAACAAGCUCAAGCUUUGUUGCUGGCUCAACAGGGUGGUACAAAUGGCAUUCCACCACCACAUGGAGCUUCACUGGAUCAAACUCAAGGAGUGGGUGCCACUGGUGACCCACCAGGCAAUCUCCAAGGUCAGUUCCCUGCCCAACCUCGGCCAAUGUUUCACCAGACAAGGUAUCCUCCCAUGGGUGUCCCAUCCUACACUCAACCUGCAAGUCAGCCUCCCCCCCAUGGGAAUUAUCCUGUUAUCCAUCAACAACAACAGUUAAUGCCUGGAGCUCCAAAUACUAUUCCUCACCAUCCUACUCCUCAACCUCAUGUUGUAAUCCAUCCUCCCACCUCUAUUCCUCGUGCUGGUCUCUAUCCAGUACCACCAACCUCUAACUAUCCCCCACUCGAUGUCGGACAGGGGCCAAGACCCCCUUCUGGCACACAGGCACCACCUAAUAUGAUUGCUGGCAACAACAAUCCUGUUCCAGCUGUACAGCCAAUGACUGCAGUCCAAUCUGUUCCAAAUCAAUCAAGUGGAAGUGACACACCCUCCCUUACAAGUCCUUGUGGUCCACCAUCUCAAACACCGGGAGGAGAAGGUAGCGAUCUAAGUAAUGCUGAAAAUGAACAGAUGCUGCAACAGUCGGCAUCAAGCCAAUAAGAGUCAGAAGGUGCCUAGUUGUUUUAUCUUCCUCAUUAAUGUAUAACUGUAGAAAAAAUGUGAUCAUAAAGUUUAAUUGCUGCAUUAUAUAUUGGCUGUAUGUAGUAUGCAUCUUAAUUUUUUUUUAUCAUAUGCAUAUUUGUACUAUUCAUAAUAUGUCUUCAAAACAUUUUCCAUGACCAUUGUUAUUUGUUGUAACAGUAUAUUCAAUACUGUCAUGAUAUUGAUGGAAGAAUCAUUUAUAAUAAAAAAAGAAAAUAAAAUUUUACCGA